CUGCUACGUGAAAUCCAUAUCAAUGGAUGAUCCUCAGAAGAAACUUAGCCAGAAGCAUGAGGGAAGACCCCGCAAAGUGAGAUUCAGAAUAUCUUCUGCAUAUAGUGGUCGGGUAUUAAAGCAAGUCUACGAAGAUGGCCAAGAACUGGAGCCUCCAGAGAAAGAAUAUUCCCACCGCUUUCUCCACCGCAGCUUUGAGUCAGGGGACCAUUUUUAUGGGGCUGGAGAAGCAUCCAAACCCAGGUUUUAUUCUUCAGCCAAACUGACUGCCCAAAGGAUCAGUAUAUUCAAAGAGGACAACAAGUACAGUAUAACAAGCAACUCUCCUCUCUUCAGUGACUACCAGACAAGUGAUAGUCAUCAUAAGCCUUCACCCAUUUUAGAUUUUGGUAAGAUCAUCAUCUACACUAACAACCUGAAAAUCAUCCGUGCACCAACAGACAAGAAAGAGCUGGUGAGGAAGAUCAUCCAGAAUGAGGGCCUGAAUGACUUCAUGUUCCGAGAAGGGAAAACAGGAGAUGCUGAGCCAAUCAAUAGGCAUUUGAGAGAUGCAGAAAGGCACUUUGCUCACAGUCAGUGUGGACAGGGAGGAGACAUAGAGCGCUGCUGCUCCCUAUGCAAAGGAUCAGGCUCUGCCCCCUGCUCUCUGUGCCAUGGAAGCAAGUUUUCGAUGUUGGCUAAUAGAUUUAAAGAGUCGUUCAGGGCUCUCCGCUGUCCUGCUUGCAAUGAAAAUGGCCUGCAACCUUGCCAGAUCUGUGCCGCAUAACUGUAUCUCAGCAGCAUCCUACUGAAACCUCCGUCUAUGUUACCUGUCUCCAUCUAAAUAGCUGUUGUAUAACAGAAGGUUAUUAAAAGUUGGUAAAGGUGUACAUGCAAAUCUAUCCCUAUUACUUUGUUUCCUUGUCCCUAAUUCGGUACAUUCACCUGUUACAUCUGUUAAUGAAGGUAGGCCCCAAUCUUGCAAAUGCUAACAUGCAGUAUUUCACUUCACAUGUUGGAGUAGCCCCAUAAGUCAGAGGAUCUACUUACAUGCUUCAAGUCCAGCACAUGUGCAAAUGUUGACAGAAUCUGGGUCUGUAAUUUGCUGGGGUAAAUACUGUCUAUUUCUGUAUGCACAUAUAUUGUGCAGCACAAUGAGGUCCCAAUCUCUGGGGGUAUUAAGCACUCUUGUAACAAAAUAAUAAUAAUAACAGACAUAGCAGUACCUUAAGCAUGUAAAU